AUGGGGAGAGGCGCUGAAGACAUUAACAGGGCCAUCCGUAAGGCAUUAUCUGUGGACGAAGCUCCACCUAAGAGGAAACACGUAAGAGCAGUAGUAUUAUUUACAUGGGAUAACAAAUCUGCGAAGCCAGUAUUUGAUAUCUUGAAGAAUGGGGCAUUUACAGGGGAUGAUAUUCAAUUAUAUAAGAUGUUAUUUUUGAUUCAUAAAGUGAUCCAAGAAGGUCAUGAAAGCACUUUGAAAGAAGCUAUUAGAAAUAGAGAAUGGAUUAGAUCAUUAAUCAACACACACCAUAAUAAUUCUAUUGAAGGUUCGGGUUCCUAUGACCGGUUAAUCAAUGGAUAUACAAGAUUAUUGUUGGAUAAAUUGGCGUUUCAUAAUUUCCAUUCAGGUUUCAAAAAUGGUGCUUUUGAACAUCAAGAAUAUGUCACCUUGAAAUAUAUUAAUGAUCCCAACGAAGGGUAUGAGACUAUUAUGGAUUUGAUUAGGCUAGAGGAUUCUAUUAAUAAGUUUCAAAAGGAAGUCUUUAUGUCUGUAGAUAGAUCAUCAAAUCCAAACACAAGUUUAAAACUAGUCACUUUAGUUCCUUUAAUUUCUGAAUCAUUUGGUAUAUAUCAAUAUAUUGUGAACAUGAUCACUGCAAUUCAAAGUCAAUUGGCUGAUGAAGAUUCUAUUUUGAAUUUGAAAAGAAAUGCCUUGGACAUCCACGAAAUAUUAUUCAAUUUUUUUGCCGAUUGUUCGACUGUAAAGGAAAUUGAUACUUUGGUCACUAUACCAAAAUUACCAAAGGAACCACCUGAUUUCUCUUCAAAUUUUGAUGAAGAAGUUGAACAUAUGCCUACCAAUUUAGAUUUGAAUAAGGGGAAGGAUACUAAUAAUGAAAUGUUAAUUGAUUAUACUGACUCACCACCACCACCAACACCAGCAAGAAGACCAAGAACUGAAUCACAAUCCACUGCUGCUACUACAGCAGUUUCUCCACCCGUAGUGCCAGCUCAACGUCCAAGAGCCAAUACUUCUUCCACUCCAGUGGCCAACCCUCUCACAUCACCUCCUCCAAAGACUACUACACCAGCUUCUGCUCCAAAAUUGAUCCCCAUUGCAAAGACAGGAGGAACUAACAAGACAGUUAUUAUACCGAUUCCAAUACCAACAGGUGGUGCCAAUCCAAUGGCUGCUGCAUUAACAGGAGGUAUUAACCCAAUGGCUACAGCUUUAACAGGUGGUAUCAACCCAAUGAGUACUGCCUUAACAGGUGGUGCCAAUCCAAUGAACCCAGCAUUAACUGGAGGUGCUUUAGUUACCAAGACAACAGGUGGUGUAAACAUUAAUAUUUUACCUCCACAAUUCACAAAUGGACCUAUGGCUCCUUUAAAACCAACUUUAACUGCUAGUACUUUUGGGUUACAACCAAAUUUAACAAAUGCUACGACUUCUCAACCAAUACCAACUACAUUUGGUUUAAACCCACAAUUGACUUCGGGUUUAAACCCUCAAUUGACCUCAGGGUUAAAUCCACAAUUAACCUCGGGAUUAAAUCCUCAAUUGACUUCAGGGUUAAAUCCACAAUUAACGUCAAAUAAUGCAUUUAACAUGCAACCAAAUUUGACUUCAAAUGCGUUUAAUAUGAAUCCACCUAUUAAUGCAAAUAGUUUUGGCCUUCAACCACAAUUAACUUCUCAACAAUUCAAUUCCAAUAUAACACCAAUGCAACAACAACAUACCAAUACAAUGAUGCCCAUGAGUGCUCAUUCUUUUGAUUUACAUGGUCAACCUACGGGCCAAUCUAUUAGUGCAAUGGUUCAAUCUAAUUAUACAAAUAAUUCCAUGGUACCUCCACAACCACCGACAUCUACAUUCAAUAUGCUAUCUUUAUUACCAAAUAAUACUACUAGUAGUACUACCAAUCCCGGUGGUAAUGCUUCUGAAUUACAACAACGUAUUGAUCAAGAUGAACAAUUAUUAGAACAAUAUGAUCAAAGAGUCACCGAAUUCGAAACUGAAUUGGAAACUAAAAAUAAAUUAUUAGAUGAAAAACGAACAGAAAUCAAUGAAUUGAAUACAAAAUAUUCUCACCUUGCAGAUCUUUAUUCCCAAUUACGUCAAGAACAUUUAAGAUUGCUACCAAAAGUACAACAGUCUCCAGAUGGAGUUAUCGAUACACUAUUAGAUGGUUCAAUCGAUACAAUUUCUAAAUCUUCCGAUUGGAUUUCCAAAGAUAUUUUAUCAGAUCAAGCAACCAAACUUGCUAGUGAAAUGAAUGAUUAUAUAGUCACUAAAGGUGAUAUUAGUGGUGUCACAGUAGCUGUUGCUGAAUUUACUACAAGUUUAUCACUUCUAUCCUCAUCAAAUACCGGUAAUGGUAACCGUUAUUUUAUGAAUGUUGAUCCAUCUCUCAUCAAUAAUAUUAUCUCGGAGGGGAAUUAUUUCUUGAGUUGUUUGAAAUCCGAAAAAUUAAAUGCAUUAGGCGAUGAUGAAUCCAAGACAGACGCUGUAAUUACUGCCAAUAUAGAUUUCCAAAGAACUUUACAACAUUUAUAA